AUGGAGCCCAUUGACCCAUAUGCCCCUGAGCCCCUUGUCCCUGAAAUCACCCAAGUCAUCAUGGUGGAUGCUAGCCAUGCAUCAAAAAAGAUUGACAUGUCCAGUAUGGCCUCCUACAUUGCUUCCUUUGGACAAAUGCCCACAAAGUCCUACUCCAAGAGGAUGGCCACCAUUGAGUGCUCCACCUAUCGGGCUGAGUUGGUCACAGCAAGGAUUGGAGUUGAAGCUGCCCUUGCCAUGAGGAACAAGGCCAGAAUGUUGGAGUUGAAGUGA